AUGGGUCCUGAUCAACAUGCGCAAUUGGAUGGCUUUGGGCUUAUCUUCCCUUUUCCUCUAAGGAUAGCUGCUGUGUUAGUAGCUGGUUUUUGGGGAUGGGCCAUCAACCUACAGUAUUUGGAUAAAGCCAACAUUGAUGUUUCUUCACUUAUUCGAUACCCUGCUCGAACUCCCUCGCAACGGCCGCUCCAUGUCUCCGCCUAUCGCCUAGCUACCUUAUUCUCCAUUCCUCUCGUUAUCUGGCUCAUAGUUUUCUGGGCUGUCACCCACCACUCAACGGAGUUGGUAGAACGUCUCGACUUCAUUCCCCAGUCAAUCUUCAUUAUCCUGCUGCUCAUCCUGAUCUGUCCUCUUAACCGGGCCUCGCGUGCUGGCCGAAUACGGUUCCUGUUAACAUUAAAGCGGGUCGCUAUCGGAGGUCUUGCGGAAUCUCAGGAUGGGAAGUUCGGCGAUGUGCUAUUAGCAGAUGCUCUGACAAGUUACUCGCGUAUUCUUGGGGACCUUUAUGUCAGCUUCUGCAUGUUUUUCACAGAUGGCAUCUCCUCCACCUCCAAACCGAAUCGCGCGUGUGGUUCCGACAUGGUUGUGCCGAUAAUUAUCGCCAUUCCGAGCGCGAUCCGACUUCGCCAAUGUCUUACUGAAUAUGUGCGGGCGCGAAAGAUCGUAACCCGUCGCGACCCCACUCGGGGAAACCAGCACCUGGCCAACGCCAUGAAAUAUGCCACCGCAUUCCCGGUCAUCUGGAUCGCUUCGAAGCUGCGGAACUAUAACCCAAUUGAGACCCACGGCUUCAGUGAAGUUACCAUCAUGCGUCUAUUAUUCCUCUUCUGCUUCAUUAACUCAAGCUAUUCUUUCUAUUGGGACAUCGUCAAAGAUUGGGAUUUCACACUGCUGUCAACAGAGCGCGAGCACAAGGAUUACCCAUACGGAUUGCGACGAACGCGACACUUUGCCUCAGAUCGGGUGUACCACUACGUCAUCGUGGCAGACUUCGUACUCCGCUUCUCAUGGCUCUGGCGCGUAUUGCCAGGACUGGCGUGGGUAUCCGAAACCGAAAAGGGCCUAUUCUUGCUCAUGGUCCUUGAAGUAGUGCGACGUUGGAUGUGGGUGUUUUUCCGUGUUGAGGCUGAAUGGAUUCGAAAUACACACGGUUCCAGUCUAGAUGACGUCCUACUGGGCGAAUACAACCACAAAUUUGACGCAGAUUGA